UGUAUCUGCGAUAUUCAUACAGGACAUUUCUGGAAAAUCCAAGCGCAAGAGGUGAUAAUGGAACAUCACCUUUGGCACGGUUGCGUCGUCUGAGAGAAAGGUAAAACUCGGCGAAACGCGGGCGGCUCGUCGAGCAACGCGCGCCAUCUCGCGGCAGAAAUGGGAUUCAAACGAGCGCGCACGGACUCGGGAGCUGCGUGCAUAGAGUUCGCUGCGCAUCGUCGUGAGAUGAUGAUGGGACUCGAUCAUCUGCGAGCCGAUCACCUGCUACUAGACGUGACACUCGUGGCUGAGGGUUGCGAGCAGUCAGCGCACAAAGCCGUGCUCGCUGCAUGCAGUGACUUCUUCCGCGCCAUGUUCACAACGCGGCUUUCUGGAGGCGGUGGCGGUGACACGGCGAAGAUACAUCUGAACGGAGUGACGGCGAACGGACUGCGCAUGCUCGUCGACUUUGCCUACACGUCGCAGUUGUCGCUGUCGGCCGACAACGUCGACGACGUGCUCGCCGCAGCCGACUUUCUGCAGAUGCCGCGCAUCACGAGCGCAUGCGCGAAAUACCUGCGCGCCCAGCUGCGACUGUCGCGUGCCCUGGCGACGCUGAACGUUGCCGAGCGCUACUCGCUGCCACUACUGCAGCAACACGUCUAUCAGUUUCUCUGCAACUCGCUGACGGCGUUCGUCGAUACGGAGCACUUCGUCUUGCUCAGCGUCGGCCAGCUGUGUCGCAUGCUGGACGGUUCGUUCCCAGUCGACUGCUCAGAGGAGGUCGUUCUGCGCAUGGUCAUCCGCUGGAUCGCCCACGACAAGGUGAACCGCAUCGUCUACGCGAAACAACUCUUCGAGGCGGUCAACUACGAGAGCAUCGCUGCCGAAAGCCUCGCCGCGCUGGCCCUCGCCAACGGACUCUUCCGCCAGGUGGCCGACCAGUUGCCCGUCGCUGGCAGACGGCGCUGCGUCGACGCGUACGCCGACGACGAGUCCGUGCCGUCGAAUCGACGCGGUCUCGAACGCUGCAUGGUGACAAUAGGCGGGUUUUACGCCGGAGAGAUCACGAACAAGAUAAUGUUCUACGACGCUGCCGCCGCCGCCGACGAUGGCGACGACGGAGGCUGGAAACUGCUGACGGCGAUUCCACACGUCGAGCAGUGUAACUACGGCGUCGCCGUGCUGCGCAAUAAACUCUACGUCGUCGGCGGCUGCUUCAAUCAGUCGCUACAGGAGAACAUACAUCCGUUCGGUUUCGCGUACGAUCCGCGCGCGGACCGCUGGACAACCAUAUCGCCUAUGACGCAGGAGCGAUGUCGAUUCUACCUCGGCAUGGUCGGCAGCAAGAUGUACGCGAUAGGUGGCGCUGAGGAGGCGACGAACGCCGCGCUCGAAGAGUCAUCGUCGUCGUCGACGUGCGAGUGCUACGAUCCGGAUGCAGACCGAUGGAGUCCGAUACGCCCCCUGCCGAGCCGAAGAGUCCAACAUGGCGGCGCCACGUGGAGAAAUCUGCUGUUCGUCUGCGGCGGGCUGGAAGAAGACUGCGUCACGGACUCGCUGCUCUGCUACGAUACAUCAACGGACGUUUGGGAGGAGAAGGCGGCCAUGUUGCGUCCGCGGGCCGACCACUGCGUUAUACUAUACGAGAGCAGGUUGGUCGUCGCCGGAGGUUGGUACGAGGACGAGCUAACGGGAACGCGAGUUAUCGCCAACACGUUAGACUGUUACGACAUCGAGACGGACACGUGGACGGUGGUGAGUCGCGUGCCGACGCCACGUUACCACGGCACGAUGCUGCAACACGAACACAAGAUCUACAUUACGGGCGGGUUCACCGAGCAGCGACGGCCGACGAGAAAGAUCGAGUGCUACGACCCGGAGAAGGACGCGUGGACGGUGGAAGGCGAAUAUCCCGACGACAUUUGGGAGCACUCGUCCAGUACGCUCUAUGUCCCGUGUUGCACGACGAAGCAUUGAUAUGCUCUUCAUCUGUUUGUGAAUAGGCGCGUACGUUACACUCUUUAAUACCCGCCAUACAAUAUCCGACUAUAUAAACUUGCGUAUUUUGUCAAUAUACAUAAAAUUUCGCCGUACAACGAGAACAAAUGAGCUUGCGUAUUUUGUCAAUAUACAUAUAGUUUCGUCGUGCAACGAGAACGAAGUAUGCAUAAUAAUGAAAUUUUGUAAUUAUGUAAUAACGGAAAUGUACCUUUCCUUAGAUUCGCUUAUUACGCACUCGACCUGGAACAUUAAUAGUCAACGUAAUGUAAUAAUUAUAAUUAUUGCAAUUUAUAAUAAUAUAAAUGUGUUCCACAUUAAAUAUCGCACUUAUUAUAUCAUCAUCGCUGAAUAUAUCCUACUAUAUAAAUUAUGUUAUGUAUGCCUAUGUUCUAAAUUGUUAUUAAUUAUGCAUCCAAUUAACAAUGCAAGCCAAUGAAAUACAUAUAUGUUUAAUUGCAUUAUUUUGCUUUUUAAUCGAAAAAAACAAUUACCAAUCGUGUGUGAGAGAGAGAGAGAGAGA